AUGUUACAAAUUGUCAUAGCUACCAGUGGUAUGAAAGAUGAAGUCAUGAACGAUGCGCUAUUGCCACAGGCUGACCAAGAAGUGAUUCUGCCUCCAGCCCAGUGUCAAGGCUCACACACACGUCCAGGGAAUACUGUAAUACCAAUUCACUCUCCACUGAUUAUAAACCUCAACGAUGAAGAGGAUGAUGAAGAAGAUGAUGAAGAGGACGAUGAAGAGAACUAUGUUACUGACUGUGUGCCUAAGAUUGCUGAGGAUAUCGAAGAGGAAAGAGCAAUAAAGGAAAUAUGCUAUAAAUCUGGAGAGUUUUACGGGAUUCAGCAGCCUGGCCAACGGCAGUCACCUAACCCUGUGUCACCGUCCCAGGAAACUGAGCUACGGCCCUCGGAAGCUACCCAGUGGGACUUGCAGAAAGCCAAGUACUUUUCAUCGCCUCGGACAAUGGGUGUUUCUCACUGGGUGGAUAAGACUGCUGAGGAUAUCAAAGAGGAAAGAGCAAUAAAGGAAAUAUGCUAUAAAUCUGGAAGCCACACUGCCAGUCCCAAAGUACAGCCCAGUUACCAAACAAAUGGUCAAAGUAAAGAUGGUGAAACUUCUUCUCUUCCACGUGACAGAGAAACCGGGAGAAAGCCUAACUUCUGUUCUUCAGAACCACGAAGAUCAGCAUAUGUAGUCUACCGUUCUGUCACUGUCACCCAAGAACCAAAGUUCACUGGACCUAGAGCAGUUCCCGAGCCAUCUGUUCGGAAAUGCUCCAAAGGAAAGAAUGAGCCUGCCAAAAAUAGGAAAUUUUGGACACAAACGGACAUCUACGACAAAUACACUUCAGGAUCCUAUAAUGCACCAACCUGGGGGAAAAGAAAUCCACAGGCAAAAACAUUCUCCAAGACUAAAACAACCAUUCAGCACCGAAAAGACAUGGAAGUGAACCACAAACGAGAAGGGUAUGAAGACAGGAGGGAGAUGAAGAAAGUACCUGAAUUCACAAGAACAACCUAAAUUGCAGAAAGAUAGGGGAAUUCUCAAGAGGAGAAACCAAACACGAUAAGAAUGCAAAUUCCAAAAAUAACACGUAGGAAGUACACUGUAACACUUCAAAAGUGAUUAAAUUUUAAUCCUUCAUCA